AUGAAUCCUGAAAUCGAUUAUGCAAUUUUAACCCUCAAGAGACCCCAUGGGAGACCGUAUCUCCGCAUCAAAGCUUUCUCCAUGAAGAAUCUCCAGCAAUUCAGCGCCAUGCACUUCGCCUGCUUUCCGAACGACAAACGAGAAAAUUCAAUGUGGUAUUCGUCGUGCCCUGUCGGUUGGCAGCCGAACAGUACCACCUACCGAACAGUCAUCAUGAACACCUGCGACGCUGCUGGAGGUUGCUCGGGAGCCGGCGUUUAUGUGUUAAACAAUAGGAACCAAAAUCGAUAUGUCAUCGGGGUGUUGUCGGGAACAGUCAAUAGCAAGGCGAAAAAUGUCAUGACACGCUUGACCUCGAAAAAGGUGAAGGAAAUUUGUCGCUGGAUUGGAAGGUUGGCAAAAUCAGGAUGCCGCACCAGUGGUAUUCAAUAAAACUGAACGUUUACGUAUCGAUUCUAUGAUUACACAAGUUUAAUUAAAAUUAAAAUGAUAAUUUCAGCAAUCCUUUAGUGACAUAAAAGUGUAGAAUUUAAAGUUAAUUAAGAUAUCGUUUAAUGAAUGUCAAAUUUUGUUGAGGUUACAAAUAAAUGAUAAAAUAUCAGAGAAGAUUGUUCCUUCCUUUGCUUGUUGUAAAUUGAAUUCAUAAGUUUAUGAUUACCAAAAACAUCAACAUAGCGAAUUAAAUAGCUGCAGGCUAUCACGAAUGUCUAAAUAAAAUUGCAAACAAAGUUGUCACGUUAAAUAUAGGUGGACAAAGGUGUCCAUUUUAAUUCUUUCAAACUAUCGUGGAGUAACUAACUGCUCCUCGUUAAUCUUAUUACACUCGGCAAGUUUUUUCGCUGCUAGUCCAUGGCCUCAGAAUGAGAAAACAAGAUCGAAGUUGAAAGUCGAUUACUACUAACACUUUCGAAAACGAGGCGCUAGCUCUCUUAUCGUAUCGAGCUCUCACGCGCCCUAAGCACGCGCCGCGCGCGAAAUAGGAGUGUGCACCGCCCAUUUGGCCAGGUUGCUGAGGGAAGUCGCCAUCUUUUUUGUGGAUAAAAAGUGAUCGAAGCAGAAGGAAACAUGUCUUUGAAGGCUGUGGUUGGACAGCGUGAGUUGAAUAUUUUACCUUAUUAUUUUUAUUCCUUAAGCCAUCCAUGAAAUCUGUUUUUUGUUUUACUUCAUGAAGGUCUAAUGCAAGAUGUGAUUCGCGAAGUCAAAACGGCCAACGAAUGGAAGGUAAGUACACAGUAAACUAUGAUUCACUUGUCAGAGUGAUGUAAACAUUAACUUGAUGGCUGACUGAAGCACCAAUAAACACAGGAAAUAUACAUAAUUUGAAUUUUUCAAAAUAAUAGGUUCUUGUGGUGGAUCGUCUGAGUUCCAGGAUAAUUUCAUCAUGCUGCAAAAUGCACGACAUCGUCGAGGAAGGCAUAACAAGUAAGGUUUUCUUUUUAUAUUUGUUUACCUUCAACACUGGAAGUUUGAGCUUUAGAGAUAUGGUUAUUGUAAGACUAUCAUUGUGAUAACUUCUCAUCGUUAUCAGAUAGAAAUCCAUGGAACUAUGAAAUAAAUUACCCAACGGUGAACCUGCAACGUCAUCUGCAGAAAUGUUGCAGCAAUAUUGCACGUAAACAUUUUACUGUUCGAUCAAAAUCGAUCCUUUACUAGCACUGCUGUAUUUAGAAUAUGAUGUCCAUUGACGUGAUAUCGUUUGUAUACUUGAUACCUUCUUAUCAUCUUGAAAUAGAUGUAUGAAUAAAAAAACUGGCUAGAGGUAAUUUAUUUCAUUUUUUCUCUUUAGUUUUUUUGUAAUCAGCAAAUUGAAAGUUCUGUAGAGGGAAACGGAUAAUGCCUAGUUGCAAGAUUUGUGUAUGUACUCAUUGUCAGACUGGUGAAGGACAGUAGAAUUUAGGUUAAUUGAAUUAGUUUUGCUUUAUCUACUGAGUUGAUAAGUGAGUUGGCUGUGGUAAAGACAUUUGAAAGCUGACAUUUCAAGUGUUAGCCCUUAUUAUUGUGAUGUAUUUAUGUUUUUGACAUCUGCCCAGAAUGAUAUUCAUAUUUACUGCAUGAUGAAUUUUUUUCAGUUGUUGAAGAUAUUUCCAAAGUCCGCCAACCACUACCAACCUUUGAGGCUAUAUACAUUUUGACACCCGAGGAAACGGUGGGUGAUAUAAGUUUCUAAAGAAACUGUGGUGCUGUGUGGAUGGGGAAGUAUAACAAGAUAACUUUGGUAUUAUCAACUGAGUUGAUAAUGUAAAUUGGCUGUCGUAAAGAAUUUCAAAGCUGAUAUUUCAAGCAUUAGCCCUCUCUCAGGGCCAAAACACUUGCUUUGGCAAAGGGCUAGUGCUUGAUAUGUCAGCUUUGAAACUCUUUGCGGUUGCCAAUUGACAUUAAGAACUUAGUUGAUAAUACCGAAAUUAUCUAGGUGGGUUGUAUAACUACCUUUACCUCGUUUUGCCUUACAUGUAGAUGAAAAAUCACACAAAUAUUAAAAUACCAACAUAGAAGAUUAUACAGCCACUGCAGUUUCCCAGUUUUUGAGUGAUAUAGAAUACCAACAACAGAUUUAAAUGUGUCAAUCAAUUCUACAAUCAGAAUUCUUCUUUAAGGUUUAAGCAAAUAUUUUAGAAAGCCUGGGACAUUUCAACUGUCAAUAGUUCCCAGUCAAGGGUCUAAUUUGAGAGAACAACAUAUGAAUGAAGUGUCUAUGAACCUGGCUACAUGCUAUUUUGUAUUUUCCCUCUUCUUUCAAACUUAUUGACAGCCCAGCUAUUGAUAGUUUACAAGUGGGAUUUGGUAAUUAUUGUUAGAUGGUGAUAUAGAUGUGGCAGAAAUAUUAUGUUGCAGUCAGAGUUUACACCUUAAGGUGUCAAAGGUGGUGAGGUUUGCUCUCUCCUACCUAUGAAAAGAAGCAAAAAGGGAACCUAUUAAACCCUCCACCUUGAACCGUAGUUUUGUUAUGACAAGGCCUUACCUGCAUAAUAGAGCUGAUACAAUGGCUUUGGAUUGUCAACUUAUUAUGCAUUUUACGACUACACUAUGUGUGAUUAGUUAAUUUGUGUAAGUGAUCUUGGUCACAGGUAAUUUAAUUGAGUAACUGACUUCAAUUUAUUUGGUUUCAAAUUCUUACAGUCAGUUAAAGCUUUGGUUGAAGACUUCACAGAAGGAAAUCACAGAUAUAAGGGUGCUCAUGUAUUCUUUACAGAAGGUACAGUUUACCAUGGUGCAUAGAAGUAUAUAUCAGCACAAAGUAAAUAUUUUGGGAUAAUUAAGAAUUCUACAAGUAUUAAUUUUUGCAGAUGUUUUGGAGUGUUCCAAAUAGUCUUGAGUUCAAACCUUCUUGGGCAACCCACUUCUCCUAAGAAAACACCAAAAUUUUCUGAAAAAUUUUCUUAUUCUGGGGAUUAGACUAAAAGUAAGGGACUUCAAAUUGUGUGGCCCACUUCAUUAUUUUUAGGGGAGCCUUUUUCAAGAAACGAGGUCCAACUAGGCUAUUUGGCACCAAAUCCAAAAAAACUGAGUGCUUUUUGAGACUUAACAUGGGUCAAACUUGCCGGACCCUCAGCUGCCAUCUUGAAACAUUCCUGGCAACAGAAAAAGCCAGGGUUUGAAUUAGUGCAGAAUCCCAGAUGUUUUACCAGUGAAGUGAAAAUGAAGAAGAGAAAGGCAAUUUGGACAGUAAGAGGCUAUAAAAGUUUAAAGUAAGUUUAUGGAGCAGCCGUCAAAUCAGUGUUGUUGUCAGUGAUGUUUUUGAAUAAUUUAGUUCCAAAAAAUGGUAUUUAUCCUUGGGUCUAUUUUAAAUUUUUAUUUUGCACCCCAUUUGAUGCACUAACAUAAAUUUUAUGUGGCAUUUUUUUUCCAAUUUGUGGAAAUCCUGCAAAGCUGCUUCAGAAUAAACCCAUUUGCAGAUAGAUUAACACUAAUUUGAAAUGUUUUUGAGUUAUGAAAGUUUCUACUCUUUUGUAUCAUAUCAUUGCGUAACAUAAAAUAUUUGCAGUACCUUUCUUUCCACACCAGUUUGUCCAGACUCCUUAAUCAGUGAAAUUGCAAAGAUUUCCAAAUGUAAGUACUUGUUUGGUAUUUCUUUAGUGUACAAUACUAAUGAACUUGAUACAAGGUUACUGAUAUAUAGUGGAAAUAUGUACACUAUGUACAUCAAGGUGAAAGAAAAAAACGUGUAUUGGACCUGUUACAAUAUGAAUUGUCUUUGCAAUUAAAAGUCUCUUUUACAGUUAAAGCUAUCCAUGGUGUUGAUCACUGUUGUCACCCUCUAAUGUACAAGCUAAGGCUAAUCUUUUUGUGAGGUAUUCUUACUGUCAUAAUCUUUUGGGGAUCAAUCAUGUGUGGGUGAAUGUUUUUAUUGGUUCCUGUCCUUACUCAAAGGUUUUCUCCAGGUUAUCUAGUUUUCCUCCCUCUACAAAAAUCAUCCUUCCAAGUUCUAAAUUUGACCCAGAAAACCUCCUUUGGUUAUGCUAGUGUUAAAUUUAUUUCAUUUAAUAUUUAUCUAUUUUAUUAUCUGAAGAUGGGGACAAUGAAAAAUAUCAGACAACAGGUGUCUGUACCACAGAUAAUCAUCUUCAAUCAUUUUGUGUUCUAUCUUAGAUGUGAAGACCCUGAAAGAAAUUAACAUUGCAUUUCUACCAUAUGAGUCUCAGGUAAACUGUUGCCGUUAAUAAGUUAUUGCAUGUACUUGGUAACUGUUAAAAGAAGAGUGAAUUUUCACAAAUUUUUAGCUGUAAAUUCAAUAACUUUACCCAGAGUCAGCAAAUGUAUGGAGGUAUUAGCCAGACUAUCACAGAAUAAAUUUAAUUCUACUAAUAAUGUUAAAAGAAUGAUCCAACUUGAACAAUCACUUGUUUUUCAGGUUUACUCUUUGGACACUCCAAAAGCAUUUCACAGUUUUUAUGGACCUGAACCAUCAGACCAGUCCCAGCGAUUCCAAUAUUCUGAGGUACCUAACUGUUUAGAUUUGGACUAUUAAUGAUCAUAAUCAUGAUAUUGCAAAAAAAGGGAACUACAUGUUUGAAAUGGGUGCAAAGUUUUGUUUGGCAACAACACCCCCAGAUUUAUUAAAUUCUUUUCACAUGUUACAUAUUCUUAAAGUGGAAUCAAAAUUAAGUGAGGCCGUGUAUAGGGUUUUUAUCUGCAUCAAGUUUAGAAACAUCCUGACCUAUAUUUCUCUGCCUGGCUUCCCCUUAAAUUCUAUAUAAUCCAUUAGCAUUGAAAAAAAUAAGUUUUAGUUGGAACAGUUACAAAGGGCUGAAAAUAACAGAGGAAUAAAGGGCAAAAAGCUGUUUGAAGUUGGAGAGGCUGCAAUACAAAAUUUGAAGGCCUUCCAUGAUUUUUCUUUUUGAAAUCAUUUUCGGUUUCUUACAUGUAGGUAUGAAUGUUGUUGGAAAAACUGAUUAUUGAUAACUAAUUCAAAACUGUAGUUAAUCAGCUCAUUCAAGGAUAUUGCUAUUAGCUUAUCACUAUUUUUACUGGUGAGGAAAGAGGGAAAAAGAGCAAUGCCUUUUAUCACACCAGGACAUUGGUCAAAAUUUUUGAAAAAUACAUAGAACAGAAUCUACAAAUAUUGACAUCUCAGUACUACUUGAGAACCAUCUGUUGUAAAAUGUUUGAAGGUAAUAAAAGAUUAUUGUAGGAUAGUUGAGGGCGUUUUAUCUUAAUUUUAUGCUGCGUCCAUUUUAGUUAAUAGGUGCAGUUUAAUAUGCUAUUCAUUUAAUACAAAGCUCUCUAGUAAAUGAUAAGUGAAGCCUUUUCCAUCCUUUAAUUAACUAUGCCCAGACGUAAAAUUUAAAUUUAAAUAUAAUAUUUGGCAUUUUCUUUUGCUGUUGUGUUAUUUACUUCAGAGUGAUUCUGGAAGCAUUCAGCUUCAAACUUUUUCAACUGCUAGUGCACUGGAAUCACAUUUUGAGGUACAAGGUUGUUUGGUUGAACUGUUUCUAACCCUUUAACAAUUUAACCUUUCAAUCAUCUAAAUUAUGUAUUCAGAACUUGAAGCUAUUGAGUUGACUUGUCUUCACUUUCAACAAUAUUGAAUUCUUUUUCAAAUUCUAAUUAUUUUACCUGCCAUCAAAAGGGUUAAAAACAGACAGUGAACAUUUUAUCAAUACCUUGGUUGUAAUUAUUAGUAUGUUAUGGUGCUCAGAUAAUGAGUGUAUAAAACAAAAUGAAACAAAAAUCACCCAAGUUUUUUUUGGCCUAAUUUUUUUUGCUUAGAAAAUAGCUGAACAGAUUGCAACUCUGUGUGCUACGUUGGGUGAAUAUCCAUCUGUAAGAUACAGAAAGUAAGUAAAAUAACUUGAUAGACAUGCACAACCAAACCAUUAUGAAACAUUUUUUCCAAGACUUAUUCACUUGGUAUGAUAUCCAAUGAUCUCUUCUUCCACAGAUUUAUUUUCAUCCCUAUAUUUAUGAAAAUGCAGUUUGACAAAGUUACAUGUAGUCCUUAAAACUUAGUAGGCUUUGGUCAGCCUUCAAUCGCACAAGUGCUGGUUCUGGGAACUUUGCAACUGUGUUUCCUCUCAAUCGUUGAGUUCCCAGGCAACCACAUGAAAUUUAUUUUUCAGCAGUCCUCAGCAGUUUUGUAAUGGUUGUUUUGGCAUUCAUAGCUUUCUCUCUUUAUUAUCUUUUCUAAUGGUCCAAUCAGUUUUAACAUGUUCCUGGAAAGGGAGCUCAUGACUGGGUUGUGUUGAUUUUCCACCUUAGGGUGUGGUCUUCUCUCUACACUAAAAGGCUUUUUGGAUUACCUAGGCACCCAUCUUCCUUGUAACUGAGGCAGCUAUGUAACACAUUCUUUUUGAACAGGGAUGGUCUUCAUCUUGCUGAGUUGGCAAACACUGUGCAGACCAAACUACAUGCCUACAAGGCAGAUGAUCCAGCUGGUAUGGGAGAGGUAUGUGAAACUCUUUUGGAGGAAAAAUUUUAGCUGCCAGUAAAAAAGUGGUCAUGGACUUGUCAUGCACUACUAGACAAUCUACCAUACAAUGUUUUCUCCAAUUAUUAUCUUAUGGCAUAGCAUAUUACUUGGCUACAGAAAACAAGUCACCAACAUGGAGACUUUUGCUUCAGAUUUAGCCACAUUUUUUUGUACUUACCAUAUAGCAAGUGCUUGCCUCCUCAAUUUCUCAAGGGAAAAUUAUACACUAUGAUUCUUCUGUUAAGUAGCAUUUAAAGCUGGAUAGGUCAUUACAUGGCAAAUUAAUUGGAAUUUCCUUCCAUAUUUCUUGCUCUCAUGCAGUUUAUUUUGUGUAUUGCAGGGUCCACAUAAGCAUCGCUCACAACUGAUAUUGCUAGACAGGUACUUCUUUAGUAUACCUUCAGUUAUCACUUUUUAUCCAUUUCUAUAUGCUGUUGUCCUGCAGGAAAGUUAGAUAAUAUUUCUUUCAGCUGAGCUUGUUGGCCAUUUUGGCAUGUCUUACAGGUUAUGUCAUAUAACUUACCACUAUUUUCUAUAUUGUGCAAUUCAAUAGAUCUUAAAAAGUAUUUAGAAAAUUUGUAGGAAAUUUUUAUCUUGAUGCUGAAUCAUCAUGUCAUACUUUUCUUUUUUUCCAGAGGAUUUGACCCAGUCUCACCUCUCCUGCAUGAACUCACAUUUCAGGUUUGUAAUACCUGUUACUCAAAAGUACAAAGUGUAUUCUUGAGGACUCUUCUAAACAAUUGCAUGGACUCUGCUCCAAAAAAAAAAUCUGAGAACUGUAUAGACCUGAGGUCUUAUUGAAUAAUUUACAUUUAAGCAAUGCUAGCGUGGAUGGUGUCUCAAAAGGCAACACAUUCUCUUUUGUCUCCCUGUUAUUUUUGUAUUUUUUUUCAAGUUCAGUUUCCACAGUACCAAUUGAGAGAGUUUUGCAUAGUCACAAUGUCAAAUAUUUUUUCUAAAUCUCCAGGCAAUGACUUAUGAUCUUCUUCCAAUUGUCAAUGAUGUUUACAAGUGAGUUUUUCUAACUUCAUUUCGUGGAGUUAAAGAAUGUGACUAUGAUUAGCACUUGUUGUCAUGGUCACUGUAGUUAAAUUACCAAUAUCAGUUACUUAGAUAUUUUACUAGUGAGCAAUGUACAAAUUUGCUUUAUGAUAGUGAAGGGAAGCUGUAACUUUGCUAGUUCCAUGUUUGGUAUUACACUACACGUUGCUUGUUAUUACUAUUGAUGUACUAUUUGUUUACUGGUAAUCUUGUUGUGGUAGAUAUAUUUCAUCAUCUGGUAAUGAAGAAAAGGAGACUGUGCUUGAUGGUGAGUUCAUUGCCAUGUUUGUGGCAUUGAUGUGUUCUGACUGAGUGUAGCCACAAGAAGGAGAGCAGUCAUAUUCGACCUCUCACUGUAACGGUGCUUCAUUCAGCGAUUCAUGAAAUCAGGAUACACAUCCGUAAACAGUAACAAGACAAUAAAAGCAUACAAGGAUUACCACAAUCGCCAUUAAUAGUUAUGGAAGGCAUCAUCUGUCUCCUUCUGUGCCUCUGAUGGAAAGCCAACCAUUCUCGACAGACAUGCACCGCAAUUGUAUGAAUUGUCGGGGAACCUUGAUGAAAACUUUCAAAAUCUUCAAAAAUACAUCGAUAUGUUUAUUUGAUACCCAGGGAGAGUCUUGUUAUUGUAAGUUCAACAAAUUACUCAAAAAUUAACAGAAAGUCACGGUUCUGGUGAAGUUAAACUACUAAACAAAAACUGUUCGUCUUUUAAGUCAUACUCUCCCUAUUUGCAGAAAAUGAUGAAAUGUGGGCAAGGCAUCGUCAUGAACACAUUGCUGAUGUCUUGAGGUACAGUUGUGCAUUUUACAGUAGUUGCUUUGAACUUUAUGGCUUCUUUUUUAAAACAAUUCUGUCUAAUGUUAACGUUAUAGCUCCGUUUUGGAUAAUCUUUGUACAAAAUGGCGGCCUUCGUGUCAAUCUAUCUAUCUGAUUUUUGGUGCUUUUUUUCACGGUGCGAAUUCGUGAUAAAAGACAUUUUUGAAAUCUACCGGUACGAUCUUCUAUUUGGACAGUGCAUGUACUUUCUCUAGUGCCUUUUUUCUCUUUAACUGAUAAUUAUUGGAGGGCCUCGUACCAUGAUACAAUUUGAUAUUGAGAUUACUUGAACCAUUUCGUCAUUUGCUGAAAGCCAUUAUUACUUUUCAUAGGAAGGUCAAUUCACAAAUUAAAGAUUUUGCAGCAGACAAGAAAAUUUCCACUUCUAACAAGGUACCAUGUGAGAUUUUGUUUGAUAUGGAUUGUCCUUCUUGAAACAAAGAAAAAUUUAGGCCUCUCACUGUAUUGCAGUCAUCUUGAAAACCUGGCCUCAUUUUGAUUCUCCUAACCCCGUGAGUGACCAAGACAGAAUUUCUCCUUACAAAAGCAAUACAAUAUCGAGCAGACGAGUGAUGAGAAUAAAGAAAAAUAUCAACCAGUGGUUUAUAAGUUGAUCCAAUACCAAUAACAAUAACAUCGUGAGUAUUGUGCGGCAGACAGUAAGGAGAAUUACUAGUGAGAUCUUUGGAGUGAAAGGUUAUAAAGUAGACUAUGACGAGGUUUUUUUAACACUAUUUUAUAUAUCAUAUCUUAACGCCUUUAUGCUUUGUACUCUAUUUAAUGUGAAGGUCAUUAGUUUAGUAGAACUGCAUAAAUUGACACAUAAUUAGAGAGUACUACAUUUGAAAGGUUUCCAAAUCAUAGUCCAUAUCAGGGAAACCUUUUCUUUGUUUUUCAGACAACAAUGAAAGAUCUCCAAGUGAUCUUAAAGAAAAUGCCGCAGUAUCAAAAAGAAGUUAGCAAGGUGUGUGUAUUGAAUAGUUUAAGAAAAGGGUUUUUUUCUCCCACAUGUUUGUCUGCAUUAAAACACUAUGAACUUAGUAGCAUGAGCUGUGGAUGUAGAGGUAGCUUUGAAAGGAAAGUUCCUUUUUAUGCUCAUAAUAAUUAUACAGUUAGCCAGUGUUGGGCUUUCAGUUUGUAGAAAUGAGCGAAAGAGCGAGCGCUAAGAAAAAAACAUAAGAUGAAAGCAACAAAGAUCUGUAGGCCAAUUUGGGAAUCAUUAAUAUCAAUUUGUGGCAUAUCUUGGAAAAGGACGAUAAAGUUCUCCAAGGUCUUUGUUGCUAUGUAUUGUUCAACAAGUAGCUGACGGAUUGGCCGACACUUAGGGUGUUACAUUGGUUCGGUCUUAUUCGAUACUAGUGUGGUAUAAGACUGCAGUAUGGAAACAUUUUCUGUUUUGCUGACUUUCAUGUGGUCAGUUAGGAAAAAAAUCGUUUAUUUUAUAUCAUUUUGACACGAAAAUCUCGAACAUUUUUUCAGUUCAUCGUUCAUCUGCACCUGGCCGAAGACUGUAUGAAACAGUAUAACCAAACAGCUCUCAAGGACAUUUGUGCCGUUGAACAGGUGGGUUUGAUAUAAUCAGAUUAGUGCAAGGGUCGGGAGGUGAAGCCAUGCUCAAACUUUUAGUCUUAAAUUUACUAAUCACAGAAACUGUGCUUUGUUUAAGUUUUUCUUGCCUCACAUAUAAUUGCAAAGAAAGCUUACAGAAGUCAAACUUUUGAACAAUUACGUCAAACUUUUGAACAAUUGAGUCAACCGUUUUCAAGGCUUAUGCAAGUAGCUUAGAACCUGUGCUUUUAUCCUAGGAUCUUGCGACAGGAGUUGACAAAGAUGGUGAAGGAAUCAAAGAUCCCAUGAAAAGCAUUGUACCACUGCUGUUAGAUGGCAAUGUCCAGUACGAAUGAAAUUUUCUAUUCCUCCUUACUUAUUGUUAUUACUACUUGCGGAAACAUAUACCAAGUGUUUUGAAAAGCGUGAGUGAAAAGAAGAUGGCUCUUCGUCCCAUCGCACCAUCGUUUCAAGUUAUGUCGCCUUAAAGCUGAGUUCUUUCGCCCUUAAGUGUAGUCACGUCGCCUCACAUUUGAUUGACUCAUAAUCGCAAUAAUUUCAAUUGAAAAUACUCAAUUCUUGUCGGUUUUUUUUUUCAUACGGUUGGUGUAAUUAAUCAAAUUUAUUUAUCCACCACCAAAAUAACCUUAUUAUUUUCUUUACAGCAUUUCUGACAAAAUUCGGAUCAUCCUAUUGUAUGUUAUUUUUAAAAAUGGUGAGUUUUUAACUCUUUUGAAAUGUUUCAGGAAGCUUUUGGACAAUGUUUUGUUUUACAAGCGUAGGCUAUUUUCAGUCGCUAAACUUAUUUCCCUACGUUUUAUUUCCUUUCUUUUAAUAGGUAUUAGCGAGGAAAAUUUGGCAAAACUCUGUGAGCAUGCACAGAUUCCACCCGAUUACCGGUUCGUCAAGCCUCUUCCUUAAUUUUAAUCUUGUUGCAUAUUAUGUUUUUCGUUAUUAUUUCUACUGAUCAUUUUGAAGAGACUGAAAACUGAUCAAAUACAGAGUUGAAAUAACUAAAAAAAUUUUGGUUCGUUUUAUUCGACAAGUAUUGUUUUUAGUGGCUUGCAAUGAAACUGUGUUAAUCAGUAUUAAAUCAAAAGAGAAUCAUUAUAAAUUUUACGGGUUCAUUUUCGUUUUCCACGAUGCAGUAACUAACCUUGUCAAUAUAGUACGUAUUUGGAUAACCUUGAAUUUGUUUCUGUUGUUUUCAGUGCCAUAAUAAAGAACAUGGCGUAUCUUGGGGUUCCCAUUUUACAAGAUGUAUGUAUUCUUCUUGUUAUGCUAAGAUUGUGGGAUAGAAUUUCGUCUCUGAGUUUGAGAUUUUAAGCUGUGCUAUUCCGAGUAACACGUCUUUGCCAUAGGACGUAAAACUCUAAUUGCAUCCUAAGAAGUCCUCGUCCGAGUUUUGUAUGUUUGGUGGGCAACAGCUGAUUGGUUUGUUUUUCUGUGACGUUAUUAAUGCAAGACUCAAAUCCAUCGGUAGUUGUGAUUGGUCAGUUUGGCCGAUUUCAAUCGUUACACCUGGAUCCGAACCAUUUGACAAUUUUUAAAUUUUUAAUUGCGGAAAUUUUUUUCUUUAUUGACACAAUGCUUUUCUUAAUUAUUCUUGCUUCAGUCUGGUGCAAGGAAAGGAGCAAAGCCGGCAAGAAAAGAACGUCAGUCUUUGUACGAGUUGUCACGUUGGGUUCCCUCCGUAAAAGAUAUCAUGGAGGUACGAAUAUAAUAAACUUUCUCUAUUUGGCGGUUUUUUGCAAGGAAAUCUAUAUUUAAGCCUGCGAGUAAGCUCUCUAUGAGAGUCUCCCCAACCCCCCCCCCCCCCCCCCACCCCGCGAGAGAGGUUGCUGGGGGGCUACUGUCGAACAAGCUACAUUGUUUUUCAAGAAAAAAAGAAGAAGCUGAAAAAACUCCAAAGAAAAGACCAAGAGGGUGCCCGAUUCCACAGACUUCAAGAUUCAUGCUGUGCUAGAUCUGAUAUUCAACAACUGCAAGCAUUCUACCAACAGACGGCUUCUCUUUAUUGUUUCCUCCACUGCUGGGUAUUAAAAGUUGAGGUUCUUCUUUAUCAAGAGUUAACCAUGCGAUGUUUUGUUUAUUUUCGUUCUAAGGAAGCUGUGGAGGAAAAGCUCAGCAGCACUUUAUACCCGUUCGCUUCACAACGGACAGCGUCUGGUGCAAUGAGCAGUAACUUAGGUACGUGACACAAAGUUGUAGUCACGUUAGGUCACACUAUCUGUAGAGAUUUCGUUAUACUGAGGCUACACCUACCUCACAUACUGCACACUGACAACACCAAAUAGAGACUACAUUUAUCUAAGCAUAUGCACCCUGAAAACACCAAACACAAUCAGAAAAUAGCGAAAAUCAGAAUAGCGACCCUUUAUAGUGGAUUUUUAUCGUCGUAUACUCGAUUAUUCAAAGGAAGCAGUCGUGUAGCCACAAAUACUCGAGGUAGGGCACGGUGCGUGAAUCUAUAUAAUCAGAGGUGAAAUUAUGAUGUCUGUGGGGGAGAUGAAUAAGUGUUGAUGCCUUAACUGUCUUGUUAAAAAUGUCGCCCAAGCUUACACCAUUUUUGUUAUAUUUCAUUUCCUUAAGCAGGCAAAGCCGUGAGGUAAGUGUCUUUUAUUAUAAAAAGAAGGCGCUGUGUUAUUGUUAACUUUUUUAUGUCUCCGUUAGGACAGAUGUAUUUUGAAACAACUUAUUGUCAAAUAGUAUCGGACGAGAACCGUUCCAGUUUUUUUUUUGUAACCAUUUUUUUUUUCAUUGUUUUAACAGUGCUCGUCUUUAUGGUCAUUGGCAUAAGGAGAAGGUACACCUUUUUAUACUCCGUUUUUCAUUUCCGAAGACUGUCCCGGAGCUUCAAGUCGCAGCUGGAAAACAGUUUUUAAUGUUCUCUUUCAGGGCUCUACCGAAGCUCGAGCCGGCCCACGCCUUAUCAUCUUCAUUGUUGGUGGAGUUUGUUUCUCAGAAACAAGAACAGCGUAUGAGGUAACGAAGUCUUGUUAACUUCAACCGAUAACAGCACAUUUUGAGGGCAAGUUGUUAAUCCGGGAGCUAACAUCAAAGUGGUCUCAAGGGCCAAUCAAAACAAAGGAAAUGGAGCCAAUGAGAAUGCAUUGUACAAACGAGCAAAAUACCAGAACGUGCUGCAGAAGUGACAAAGCCGCGGUUGAUUUGGCUGAGAGAGGAGCGCGCGUUCUGUUAAUUACAGAACGAAGUAGAGCAAAACGAACGUUCUAUCUCUUCGUUUGUCAUCAAAAUCUGCCUUGAAUUGCUUUUCAGCAACGAUUAAUCAUGUUAUCUGAGAACGUCGUCCAUGGUAAAGAGAUUGCGUUGCCGCAGAGCGUUGCUACAGAUGUUCUCAUGUUCAAAUGAAUCAAAGGCAAAUUAACGCAGUUAGUGUAAGGUCGAAAGGAGCUCUGAAGUUGCAGAUCACUGAAAGAUGUAGUUGUUUGGGGUGGGAUGAUGAGUUGAAUGGGAUGGGCAAGGGUUGAAAUGUGUCCAGAAUUUAUAACAAUAGAGGAUGUGUGUUAUUUAUUUUGUUGUUAGGUAAAAUGUGGAGAGCUUACACGUCACAGUUGGACUCUUCUAUCCCCGUUUCCACUUUUUAAUCUUAAAAUGUAUCAACUAUUACUGCGAAUUCUUGUUCAGUGAAAGAGAAUCAACUUGUGCCUUUGACCUACAGGUAACUGCUGCGAAAAAGGAUUGGGAAGUGUUAAUUGGUAAGUGACCUUCAAAUUUAAAACAUUUUUUAUGUGAUAGUAUACAGAAGAAGGAUGAUUGCUGGUCGGUGCAAAUCACCCCCUCGCUCGAGGUAUUUUCAAACUCACGUGACUCUCACUCAUGAGAGAAGACGCCGGAAGAGAAUUGACUUGUAGUAACUACACAUGCUUUGGGUAUGUGUAUGCAGAGAAAGGGAGGGUGUUUUUAUAGUCAAUCUAAUUAACGUUUUCAUCAGUUUUUUUCAAAUGUGGUAUUUGCCAUGUUUAUUGUUUUAUUGUACAGGCUCCACUCACAUCACAACUCCCAACAGUUUUCUGGCUUCAUUAAGAGAGUUGGCUGGCUAAACAUGAAAACACGGGUAAGUCGGCUUUUUCAUAUCAGACUUGGUAGAAGUACAUAUACCUUCUCAAGGAAACCAAACAAAUAAAAAGCAGUUGAUUGAUUUCUUUUAUUGUGUCCAUAGUUGUUAAACAUGGAACGACUCCACAGCUAUUUUAGUACCAAGGCCCAGAUGUUGUUGGAGUAUAAAUUUGAGAAUAGAAUAACUAACAAGACUUUAAGUCGUAAUGUGACUACAAUUUGAUUUAUUAUUCCGAGCAACACCAUUUUCUCCACACAAUUGUUUCCGCCAUUAGAAUGCUUAUGUCAAAUUAUUUGUAGUUACUUUGUCUUUGUUUUAGUGAUCACCCAUAGUACGACUUAUCUUAACCUUAACAUCAGUAUGGAUUUUCUCCAUACUGUUCUCUAUGCAUUUCCUGUAGUACCUAUCAGGAGAAUUUGUCUUACAAUCAAGAGCUUCUUGAGUUCGAGAUCAUUUCCUUUAUCCUCAUGACCUUAAUGUUUGAUUUAAGGCUGGUACUGUUGGGAGAAAUUGGAUGCUUGUCACUCUGAGGGGUUAAAGGGUUGAUAUUUCGUUCUUUUUCUUUCAGGUAAUAGAAGAUGAGAGAAUAUGAUAUUUGUCUGUAAUUAAUAAGGUUAUCAGUAGGACAACAAUAAGGUGUAGUCACCCUUUGUGUAACUGGCAGUCUUUUUCUUAUCGGCAGUGAUGAUCUCCUCGCUUUUUUUCACUGUUGUUCUUUUUUGCUUCUUCUUUACCUUUGUGCCACUGUGAAAAGACUGCCACUGGCACAAGCUCAUGGAAAUUGUACAAUGAACUGAAAAUUUCGAGCUUAGGGAUUGUUCAUUGAUGGAGAAGUUUUGUUCUGUGUUUCUUGAAACAUGGUUUGAAGGACCUGUUGAUUAACAUUAAUUAACUUGACUUUUUGCUCAUUUAACUUUUCUGUUCAUUAUACAAGCUAGAUAGAUUUAAUUUUUUGGUGUGUCUGCUCAGUUAUAAAUCACAGACGAUGUCAAAAUUUGGCAAGAACGUAGGCAAUGCACCCGCCUGAGGCUCGUGUUUUAUUUUUGGCAUCACAUCACAUCGCCACGACUGAACAGACACGGCAAAAUUGAAUCUAUUUGUUUACUAUUUUAUUUAUAGCGGCUUUUAAUAAGUGCCUCGAAUAAUAAUAAAUUUCUACUGCGCUCUUCGUUUGGCUGAAAAUACAUUCGAGCCAUUUUUGUCGUUAACCUGCCUUACACGCAGUUUCUUUUUUCGCCUUUCCCUAAAAGCGCUUUUGUCAGCUAAAUUUUUUUCUUUCACUCAAUCUAGGUUUAGUGAUACCAUUAUUUUAAUUGGUUGCCAAUAUUCCUUUGGCGAAUUGAAAACCUUAAGACUUUAUCAAUAGCUUCUUGUGUACAGAGAUCUUGGUCUCAAUUCACUAGUGGGGCCUCUCAGGAAAAUGUUAAUUUGUGAGUUCACUUCUUUUAUUUCACGACCGCUUUUCGAAUUGCGUGCGUUCUUAAUUAGCAUAACACAACAGGUUAUUGUUUGAUAGUAAAAGAAGUUACCUUCUAUUUUAUUCAGUUUUUGCGUCUUGCAAAAACUACCCUAGACUUGAAGAGCGCUAAUAUAAAUGCCAUAAGGGAGAAAGACACAGAAGAGGUAAUGAUGAAGCAGCAGAGCUCUAGGAUCUCUAAGAAGGGACAAGAGUUUUCGAGGAAACGAUUUGUGAAUUACGAUCGUGAAAAAUUUUGAUCAUAAUUUUCUAAGGUGUCAAAAAAGCGGCAGCAACAAUGACAGAAACAAUUAAAUACCACGUGGCAGCUCUUGCAGCAAACGCGCAGAUCAGCGUGCCUAAUCAAGGCGUCGGGAGAUAUGGCUGGCUUUAUUUACUGGUCAGUUAUUGAUUUUCUAUUUCUUUGUUACUUUAACAUAAACUAAACCAAAGAUACUCUUUGGAAACAAAAUGUAAUUACUAUGAAUGUCAAACGCAGAUUACAAUGCAGACAACAAUCUUUGGGCAACACACUUUAUUGACUAGCAGAACGAGACGCUGGUGCUAGAGAUAUGGAGUCAGUUAUUGAUUUUUUAUUUCUUUAUUACUUAAACAUAAACUUAACCAAAGAU